UAAUAUCCGUCUUAUAAUGCCAAUUGCAUUUAAAUAUUCAUUUUGAUCCAUACAACAUCCCAUACAUUUAUCUAGAUAUGAGAAUUACUUGCAUUAAACCUUCUUGCGGAGACUUUAUGUUAGAGUAAAGCAAUUACAAUUUACAACGCGAACAUAAUUGAGAGAUUUUUUUUUACUUAUAAUACGCGCACUUCUUUUAACGAUUUAAUUUAUAGCACUUUUUUCACUUUCCUUGUCCUAUACCAAUAUAGAGUCGCCCAAAUAUAUUUCAAUGUUGCAGAAAAUUUUUGGCAAAUUUUUACGUUCAGUCGCCUGCCUGGCGUCAGCCCCCUGAUUUCUGACUGCUUCUAACACUAAAGUUUCAAUUCGGUAUUCGAGAAAAGAAUAAUAUUAGCGCAACAUAUCAGAAUGAAGACAUUACAGAAAUUAGCCGUGGCCCGAGUCCUUGCACAAUUCCAAUCGAAUACAAUGCGCUUCAGCGUUUGAAACAAUAGACCAGUUUUCUACUAUAAAGGUUGGCGGUUAAUCUCAAACAUCAGUAUCAAGAGAACGACUACUCCAAAAACUAGUGGCUCGAAAAUGGCUGGCAUCACUCAAUUCCAAUCACAAACUAAAAAUGUGGAAUAUCAAAAAUAUAAAGAUAUUUAUGAAUUGGAAGAUGUGGAUCUUAAAAAAAAUACUAUACCAAAAAUAAUUGGAACCGAUUAUUCUUAUAAACACACGUGGGUGUGGAGAAAUGUGAUUGGAUUUCUAAUUUUGCACUUAUUGGGGCUGGUUGGAUUUUUUUUAGUUAUCACAGGACAAACUGGAUUUAGAACAUUUUUGUGGACAUUACUCGUGGCAUACCUGGCGGCUGAAGGUGUAACAAUAGGAGCUCACAGAUUUUACACACACAAAUCUUUUAAAGCGAAACCUAUUCUCAGGUUCAUUCUGAUAUUGAUGCAAACCAUGGCGGGCCAGAAUUCAAUGUUCGUCUGGGCGCGGGACCAUCGCCUCCACCAUCGUUACUCCGACACCGACGGCGAUCCUCACAACUCGAAGCGAGGCUUCUUCUUCUGCCACAUUGGCUGGCUGAUGAAGAAGAAGCAUCCGUAUGUUAUCGAGUUGGGCAGGAAAAUAGACAUGAGCGACUUGCAAGCCGACUGGAUGGUCAUGUACCAAAAGAAGUACUAUUAUCCCCUCUACUUGGCUGUUGCGAUCCUGUUGCCAAUGUUAGUCCCUGUAUACUAUUUCAACGAGGUAUGGUGGAAGUCACUCCUAGUGGUUUACUUCUUCCGUUAUGCAUUCUCGCUAAACGGGGCAUGGCUUGUGAACAGCGCAGCUCAUAUCUACGGAACAAGACCUUAUGACAAGAACUUGCAGCCAGUAGAGUCCUGGUUUGUCUCGCUAAUAACCUUCGGCGAAGGCUGGCACAACUACCACCACACGUUCCCCUGGGAUUACAAGGCAGCGGAACUCUCGACACAUCUGAAUUCAUCAGCAUUCAUUAUUCAACUCUGGGAGAAGCUUGGAUUGGCGUACGAUUUGAAAACCGCUUCUCCAGAAAUGGUAAAAAACAGAAUCAUACGCACGGGUGACGGCACUCAUUACCUACUAGGUAACGAUGAGUGUAGAACCGCAGUGACCGCAUUGGGACCUCUACAUCCACUGAACCCCUCGUACACGACCACACAGGAGGCACCUGACGCUAUCCUCAAACUGGAAGGACUCCCACUCUUCCACGAAAAAGACUUCUUUAAUGCCGACAGUGUUCUUAAGAGAAAAGUCGCUACUGCUUAAUUUAAAUAUAUAUUUUUUUGUUCAAGACGUUCUAUUUAUGAUUGUGAUUAUUUUUAUUUUUGUAGAAAAAUAUACGAUUUAUUAGUUACACUUACUUUAUUUUUUUUGGUCAUAAAAAUUACUAGACGUA